AUUACGAAUAAUAUUAUGGCAGCCUUCGAAUGUUUUCAUUCUAUGAAGAGGAAAUCUUAAAGAAAGGUGGGAUUCUUGGCGGCCGAAAUAGAUAUGGCAAAGGUGUAUGACCGUGUCGAGUGGCAUUUUCUUGAGGGUGUGAUGACCCGGAUGGGUUUCUCGGGGCAGUGGAUAGCUUUAAUCAUGAGGUGUGUAAGUUUUGUAUCCUAUUCGAUAUUGGUGAACGGUCACCAGUCACCUACCAUCAUUCCUAGUCGUGGCCUCAGGCAAGGUGAUCCUCUAUCGCCGUAUAUGUUUCUUUUGUGUGGCGAGGGUUUAUCCUCGUAUACGAACCUGGCUGUGGCGGAGAAGUGACUACAUGGAUAUCAAGCGGCCCGAGGGGGCCCAUUCGUCUCUCGUCUCUUUUUCGCAGACGACAGUAUCUUCUUCGCAAGAGCUACAGAACGGGGAAAGCCAGGAACUGAAGAUAAUUCUCCAGGACUAUGAGCGCGAAUCAGGACAGAUGGUCAAUUUCCAAUAGUCAUCUGUCUCCUUCAGCGACGAUGUGCGGAUGCAUAAUAAGAUGAUGGUAAGUGGUAUAUUGGGAAUGGAAAGGUUGGAAAAACAUCAUAAGUACAUGGGCCUUGCUAUAGUGGCGGGUCGGUCAAAAAGGAGUUGUUCACGGAAGUUUUGGAUCGUUUGAGAAAGAGACUGGAAGGAUGGAAGAAGCGCACUCUCUCUGUGGCGGCUCGUGAAGUGCUAAUUAAGUCCGUUGCUCAAGCACAGUUUACUUAUGUGAUGUCGGUUUUCCGUAUACCGGAGGGGAUAUUAACAGAAGCGCACAAAUUAAUCACAAACUUUUGGUGGGGCCAGCGAGGGACGGAAAGGCGGCCUCACUGGUUAAGUAGAGAAGAGUUACUUUGCCCAAAGGAAGAUGGUGGAAUAGGUCUCAGGGAUAUGGGAGGGUUCAACACAGCUAUGAUUGCAAAACAGCUUUGGAACCUUUAUCAACGCCCGGAGUCUCUAGCUGUCAGAAUCAUAAAGUCGAAGUAUCACCUGAACUCUUCGAUACUUGAAGCGCACCUGGGUUAUCGGCCUAGUUAUAUCUGGAGAAACAUCCUCUCUGCCCAAGAAUUUCUAUGCUCUAGACUGAGAUGGCGAAUAGGAAAUGGCCAAUCCGUUUAGAUUUGGGGAGAUAGGUGGAUCCCGAGCUUGCCUCACUAUUUCAUCCCAUCCUCACCGAAGGGUCUUCCUGUAGACUCUAUAGUGCGGGAGUUGGUUGAGGCAGAAAGUGAGAACUAAGACAAUGAUCUACUACAGAGGUGUUUCCCGAUUGAUGUGGUGCGAGCUAUUACUCAAAUACCACUCCUCGGAAAUGGAGAAAGGGAUGAGCUGAUCUGGAGUGAUAGUGUUACGGGUAACUAUUGGUUGAAAGAUGGGUACCGUGUGUGGUUUCGCCAGUUUAGUGAAGCGAAUGGAUUGUUGAAAGUUGGGGAGGCUGAAGUGUGGAAGAAGGUGUGGAAACUUUAGGUCCCUCCUAAAAUUCGGAACUUUCUAUGGCGAUUCGCGAGAGAUUCCCUUCCAACGGGCGACCACGUCGAACCCCGUAGCAGUAAGUGGGGCGAUAGAUGUGUGUUCUGCAAUCUCCAAGAGACCCAAACACACUUCUUUCAUGAGUGCGCUUGGACAAGCCGCAUUUGGAGAAAUUCAGCGCUCUCGGACUGCUUUGAGUUAAAGGGGUCGGGGGACUGUUUGCAGUGGGUAACUAAGGUCAUUAAGGAGGAGUAAGCUACGGUGGAAGGCUGGCCUAUGUUUAUGUGGUUUUUGAGGAAGGAGAGGAAUGCUCAUUUUUUGAAUGGUCCGAAACUACCAGAGGAUGGAAUUGUUGCGAGGGCGGGCUUCUUUCUCACUGACUAUAAGUCACACCAGACUAGAGACGAAGUGGCGGAACAUGCCCCAUCGCGAAUGACCACUGAUGCAGCUAUAUUCCCUGAUGGCGAGAUUGGGUUGAGGGCAGUAGCCAGGGAUAGUGAUGGAAAGUUACGAAUGGUAGCAGCUAAACGUACCAGUGGGGGGAGUUAUGUGGAUCAGGCCAAAGCCCUUGCUGUUGAGAUGGGUGUGCAGCUGGCGCCACUUCUCCAUGAACCAAAGCUGAUCUUGGAAUGUGAUAGCAUGAUGGUGAUUAAUAAACUCAAUGAUCCAAUGGGAGAUUUGACAGAGACCGGGGUGAUCUGUAGGAGUAUCAGGAGAAGCUUGGAGGGUGCAGAACAACAUAGUUGGCUACAUAUUCGGAGGGAAGCAAACGGGGCCGCCCACUUGAUGGCUCGGACCUAUACCCAUCGGGAUGAAAGACUUGUUUGGCUUGAUAGCAUACCAGAUUUUUGGAUUGAUUAGUUAAAGCUUGACGAUGUAACAGCCACCAAUUGAUCUAACGAGAUAACAGGUUACCAUAAUAAUAAAAAAAAUCAUUCCCAGACAACACUUAGUGCAGUCACUUUAUGAAACCGAAGGAAGCUAACUCUAAAGCGGACAACAACAUGACUUUCUUUGCCAUUCUAUGGACAAUCCAGUUGACAGUCCGCAAAACCGCUCUAAAACUAUACAGAGAGAACACGAAAAGAAUAAAUGUAAACAAUCUCGAAGCAGAGGACCUCCCACCGAAGAAAUGACAAUAGUAUAUGGAGUGAAAGGUGUUUCCAUAUGCAUAUCAAAUAGGGCUGGCAAUUUGAACCCGCCCCGCCGGGUAUUGCCUGGCCCGCAGUAGCAUGGAGCGGGGCAUGAGUAUCUACUUACGACCCGUCCUCCCCCACCUCGCCUCGUUCUUGACCCAUUCUAUCGCAAUAUCUUAUAGUAUCUAUUCAUAUUUCUACUAUUUUGGUAUUUUUUUCAAAUAGUUAGACUUGAUUUUUCAAUUAGUUAGACUCACUCAUUUUAUAAUCACUAUUUUUCAUUAAUAAAGUGUUGUUCCCUUC